ACCAAAUAUAAAAAAUUAACGCGUUAGCUGCACCGAACACGGGUCUCUCUUUAUUAGUUUCCUUCUUCUUCCUCUGCAUAAUAAAAAAAACGACGACUCAUCGCGACUGUAACAGAAAGCUCUCCUGAGAGCCACCAUGUGCGCCGAAGACUGCCGUCCUCUCGGUUUCCUCUUAGGACUCCCUUUCGCCUUCUUAUCUCUCCUUCUCUCCAUCGUCGGUGUCAUCAUCUGGAUCGUCGGAUUGUUGUUGUCGUGCAUAUGUCCGUGUUGCUUAUGCGUGACGAUACUGGUGGAGAUGGCGUUAGGGUUGAUCAAAGCCCCGAUUCAUGUUAUGGAGUGGUUCACUUCCACAAUACCUUGUUGAUCUUCUUCUACUGCUUCCUCAAUGUACAUGAAUAAUCAAUCUACUUGUAGUAGUCACAGACUCUUUAUCUUUAUUUAUUGCUUUUUUUUUGCUUUAUUGUAUUUGUUUUUGUUUGAGAAUAAGUAACAACAUUUUAUUGCA